AUGAAGACAAUCAGUUUUGCAACCGCGCUGCUGGUGGCCGUCUCUGCCCACAAACCCGCAGAUAACGGCCACUAUAGUCGCGAUGGAGUUGGUACUCAGGCGCAUGCGCGCCCAAUCGAUGGGAACGCGCCUGUGUUUCCAUUUCUGACCAAGGUCAGGGACGCAGCGGUAGAAUUACUCUUCGGGAGACAUCCCACAAAAGAUUUGGCUGGGUUGGCGACCAACAUCGACAGCGUGCGCUACAAAUAUGCCAACGAAGUCGUCAUGCGAUUUAAUGUUACGAAUAUGGAAGAAGAGCAAGCGCUCGCUGAGGCCUCUAGUCGCCUCUUCCUCGACGUCUGGGGUGUCACUCGCGAUUACGUCGAUAUUCGCAUGCCUUCUAAUCAGGUCUCGCCGCUCCUUGGGCUACUUCCAAGUAAACUUCAGUCUUCGCAUUUCACAUUGAUAUCCGACCUUUCGAGAGCGGUGUACGAUUCUCUUCCCAAAGAUGCGCCGUCGCGUCUCAUCGGGCCCAAGGGCACAUUUGAACGGUCCCCUAGCCGCCUUACUGUGUCUGACAGUCUCUUCUUUCUAAGAUAUCACCCCUUGAAGACAAUUAUGCAGUGGAUGCAGCUGCUGGAAUCAAUCUUUCCCGAGCAUGUCAAAUACAUGUCAAUCGGGCAAUCCUCUGAAGGGCGCGACAUCCCUGCCCUCCGAGUCGGCCGUCCUGGCGUGGACGCUGCAGAUAGUCCGAGGAAGACAAUGGUAAUUACAGCUGGCCUCCAUGCACGCGAAUGGAUUUCGACAACAACGGCGAACUAUGUGGCAUGGGCACUAAUUACCGAGUUCAACAAAGACCCAGUCAUCACCAAGUUUCUGCACCACUUUGAUGUUGUUAUAAUUCCGGCGCUCAAUCCUGAUGGUAUGGAAUACUCCUGGCAAAGCGAUAGACUUUGGCGCAAAUCUAGGCAGGAAACCAGCCUUCGCAUGUGCAAAGGCUACGACCUCGAUCGUUCAUUUGGAUUUGGUGACUCUUCUGAGCACACGCAGAGCGACCCUUGCUCCGAAGACUAUGGUGGUGAAGAGCCAUUUGAGGCGGCUGAAGCUGCUGCCUUUGCGAAAUGGGCUCAUGAACAGACGGAGAAGAACAAUGUGCAGUUUGUUGGAAUGAUAGAUUAUCAUUCUUACUCUCAGCAAAUACUCUUCCCGUAUGCCUACUCAUGUGCCGCGGAGCCUCCAAACCUGGAAAACCUGGAGGAGCUGGCGGCUGGCAUUGCAAAGACGAUCCGUGUGUCUACCGGAGAGUUGUAUAGUGUUUCGCCAGCGUGCGAUGCUGCGAUGGUGGUGGACAAGACAAAGUUGGGUCUUUCACGCAACAGAAUCAACGAAGGCGCUGGCUCUGUGAUGGACUGGUUCUAUCAAGACAUGAAUGCUCACUUUAGCUACCAGAUCAAGCUACGUGACCAUGGUCUUUAUGGUUUUUUGCUUCCAGACGAGGAGAUCAUCCCGACCGGUCGGGAGAUGUUCUUCGUCAUGAAGUACGUGGCCGAUUAUUUGCUGGGCAAUAAUGGAAUCGAGAUGGACACAAUCUUGAUGAUUCAACGCGGUGAGGUUUCUCAGUUUGAUCCGUCUGGUAGAUAG